AACAAAACCACUCCCCGCAUACCCCCAACCACGUUCCAAUCUAGCAGACAUGGGUCGCGAGCUCCAGAAGAAGAAGAACAAGUCUUCAAUCCCCAAGAAGCGCCAAAAGGGGCCCUCCAAGAAGAAAAUCCUGCAGAACCCCAUCAUAGCGAAGCACUGGAACCAGAAAGAAACACUAUCGCAGAACUAUCGCCGUCUCGGCCUCACGGCGCGUCUCAAUCAUGCCACUGGCGGCACAGAAAAGACCAUUGCACUCCUUGGCCUUAACGAUGAAAAAUCAUCGCGCGCCGACACAGCUGCCGGCAGCACCGCAAAUGCUCUGAAUAUUGUCUCCAAAGCAAAGAAGCCCGAGAACAUUCCCACAGAGGAGAUUGAAGUCGAGCGCGAUCCCGAGACUGGUGCCAUUCUUCGAGUCGUCGGCACGCUCGAGAAGAAAGACAACCCACUCAACGACCCGCUAGUCGAGAUCGAGGACGGCGAGGAAAUGGAGUGGAACGGAUUUGCAAUGGUGCCUGAACACAGAGAGGACGAACCGGAGAACCCGGUCAUCAAGCAGUUGGAAGAGGCAGCCAUGAAUGGCGCGAGAAAAGCACCCAGAGGCCAGAGCCAGCGAGAACAAGAAUGGGUCGAGCGAUUGGUCAAUAAGUACGGUGACGACUACGCUAAGAUGGCGAGAGACCUCAAACUCAAUCCUAUGCAACAAACGGCAGCAGACAUUAGGAAACGUGUUGUUAAAUGGCAGAAGUCGCAAGCAAAGGCAUGAGGGAUGCGGUUAAGCUUUUUACUAUGCAUGGAAGCAGGCGUCAGGGCGUUUGGGGGCAUGACUGUACGUAAUGCAACAAUCAGCAUUCAAAUUUACCUUACAGAGUUCAUCAAACUUGUAAAAUGA